AUGGAGAAUUCGACUUUCGAUACAACAAAUUGCAGCAAUCUCAUUCACGAAUUGCUACAAAAACAGAGGCAAAUUGAGACUGAAUUUGAAAUCGAUUUAAAUCGAUCGAUUAUAGAAGAAGAAGAAACUAAUUGUUUUGGAGAUGAAUUCGUACCAAUAUUCAACAAUCCAGACAAUGCAGAUGAAGCAAUCGAUAAUGCAGAUGAAGCAAUUGAGAAUGCAGAAGACGCAAUUCACAAUGCAGAAAAUCAAGUGGUUCCUGAUAAAUCAAUUGAUUCUAAUUCAGAACAAACAACCAAAUCAGAUGCAACUGAAGAUACAAAUCCAAUUGAUGCUUAUGGUUUAGAUCUUAGAGGAUCAUUUGUUGGUGUGAUUCAAACAACACACAAAAUAGUAACUGAGAAAAACUAUGUGUGUUCUGCUGAGGGAAAGAGACAUUCAGGUCAGAAGAAAACAAAGUUAGUUGAAAUGGUUGAUGAAGAGGAUGUAAAUGUAAAAACAAGAAAGCCAAGACAAGUAUCCAUUACAAGAUCAAAUUGCAAGGCAUGCAUAAGAGAAAAAGUGAAUAAAGAAGGACAGUUUGAGGUGGUGGCUCAUGUUAUUCAGCAUAACCACGAGCUAACAAAGCCACAGUGGAAUUAUUUGCAUCGUUCUGAAAGAAAAAUGACAGAGGAAAAAGUUGUAACAAUCAAAACAAUGAAAUCUUCAGGUCUAACUACAAUGGACACUUACAAUUACAUGGCUACAGAGGCUGGAGGAGAACAGAAUAUAGGCCAUAGUGUUGUAGAUCACCUGAAUUUCUGCUCAAGGUUAAGAAUGGAACAAAUUGAGGCUGGAGAUGCUCAAACUUUAGUGAACAUUUUAAGUCAGGAACAAUCAGAGGAUCCAAACUUCUUUUUUAGAGUGAAGUUUGACAAAGAAGGAAGAAUUUGCAAUAUCUUUUGGAGAGAUUCAAUGAUGCUAGAAGACUAUAGGAUAUAUGGAGAUGUUCUUGUCUUUGAUACAACAUACAGAACCAACAGAUAUAAUCUUAUAUGUGCUCCAUUUGUUGGCAUAAAUAACCACUGGCAUAAUUGUAUGUUUGCUUGUGCUUUUAUUGGGGAUGAAACGACAAAUUCAUUUGUGUGGUUACUACAAACCUUCUUCAAAGCUAUGGAGGAUAGAAAACCAACUUCAAUAUUCACUGACCAGGACCAAGCAAUGGCAAAUGCUAUACUGGAGGUGAUUCCUAAUACAAAACUUAGCCUUUGUAUAUGGCAUUUGGAGCAAAAUGCCAUAACCAGAUAUGGAGCUCUUAAAAAAGACAAAGAAUUCAAAUUUGCAUUCAACCAGUGCUUAAAGAUGUGUGUGACAGAACAAGAAUUCGAAGCAAAGUGGCAAGCAAUGUUGCAAAAAUAUGAGUUGACAGAACACUCUUGGUACAAAAGAGUGUAUGAGUUGAAAGACAAAUGGUGUCCUGCCCUUUGUAGAGAUUUCUUUUCAGCAGGGAUCUUAUCGUCACAAAGGAGUGAAAGCACUAAUCAUGCCAUAGGAUUCAGAGCAAGUAAAGCAACUACUUUGACAGAAUUUUAUACCAUAUUUAAGAAGACAACUAAUCGUUGGAGAAGCACAGAGAAAUAUGAUGAGUUUACCUGUAGCAAGUCAAUAGCAUUCCCUUCAUUGCCUCUAUCUGGAAUGCUAAAGCAUGCUGCAGAGGUUUUCACUUUAUCACUCUUUAGAAAUUUUGAAGAGGAGUUUGGAUACUCUAUGGCAACAACUGUUCAGAUGUUAGGCAGUAAUGAAGAAUGCCUACUUUAUCAAGUAACACUAGAAGACAAGCCAUGGUCUGCACAUCAAGUAAACUAUAUACAAGAGAGCCAAACUAUAUGGUGUACUUGCAAAAACUUUGAAGCAUCUGGAUGGUUAUGUUAUCAUUGCAUCAGAAUUCUACAUUUGCAUUUAGUAACAAGAAUACCAGACAAGUAUGUUUCAAAAAGAUGGACUAAGUUUGCAAAAACAGAGGCAUGGGAUAGGUUGAAGAAUCAGGAUCCUAAAUAG